CGAAGGGGGGUCAGAUAAUGGGGAGCGCGUUGUGCGAUCGUAUAAAAGACCAUCGGCGGGGUAGCUGUUGCAUCAGAGUUGACAACCGAUUGUUGCAGUAAGCAGCGCACGUCGUAUCAACACAGACUUUGGAAGGGAAAAGCAACCAAGCCACAACAGCUACAACAACCAGUCCCGUUAAUUAGCCUACAGCACACCAGGGUCAAGGGGAAGCGAGUCGCCACACGCCAUGUCGACCACCAAGCCAGCAGGCCAGGUGGGGCCCCCGCCACCACCGGCAGUGACCAACAUCAUUCCCGAGUUCCACGGAGCGACGGACGAUUGGACCGUGUACCGGGAGAUACUGGAGGAGUUCUAUCGGGCCAACGGGAUCGCCGGCCCGGCCCGUGUGCCGGUGCUGAUCAGUGUGAUCGGUAAGGACACCUACAGGACGCUGCGGGGCCUGUGCCACCCGCGCUCACCGAAGGAGAUGGAGUACGACGAACUGUGCCGGGUGCUGGCCCGUCAGUUCAUCCCGGAAAUCGCGAUCUUCCGCCGUCGAUCGCAGUUCUACCGGGCGGAGCAGGGACGCGGUGAAAGUGUCAAAGACUGGUACGCCCGCCUGAAGGCACUGUCGGUGGAGUGCCAGUUUGGUGAGCAGCAUCUGGAGCCGCUACUGUUAGACCGGUUCGUGAUCGGCCUGACGCCCGGACCGGUACAGGAGCGGCUGUGUGAGGAGCGACCGGAGUCGCUUACCCUGGACGGCGCGGUCGAUAUAGCGGCCACCAAGGAAGCGGCAAUGGCGGAGGAGGAGAUUGCGCAAGAGUUUGCCGCGCUGGGAGUGGACGAUGAAGGCCACCGGCAUCGGCGACGUGGAAGGCACGGGCCGCGCCACUACCAGCUGGGCCGGUACCACCAUUGGUCACCGGAGCACGAUCCACGGUUCGGUCACCAUCAUCACCGGCACGGACGUCACCACCGUCGUCCGGGACAUCACCACUCGGACCCGGAGGAGGGACGCCACCAUCAUCACCGCCAUCAUGGUCCGCCGCAUCACGGAUUUGGCGGAUUCCACGGGCAUCAUCAUCACUGGGGACCGAUCGGCCGACCAGAAUUCGGUCCGCCGAUGGGAGGUCCGGAGGAAGCGCGUCGCCGCGUGAUGAUGUCCCGUCACUGGGGAGCACCAGCAUUCGGACCCGGGGCAGGACAUUGGCACGGACGGAUGGCCGGAAGACCUGGCAUGGAGUUUGGCGGGAUGAUGCACGGAUGUGAACGAUUCGGUGGACGCUCGCAGGAACGUCGUUGGGCGAAGAAGUGGCGCAAACAUUGCCGUCGUCGCCGAAGCAGCUCGUCGAGCAGCAGUUCGAGCAGUAGCAGUAGCGGCAGUUCCAGCUCGUCCAGUUCCAGUGGCAGCGGCAGCGCAAGCGAGACGGAAUUGGAGCCGGAGAAGAGGUGCCGCAAAGGGCGCAAAGCGGCUGAACCCCAUCACAAACACCAGCAUGGAAAGCAUCAUCAUCAUCAUCAUCGGGGCAAGCGGCACCACGGCGGCGGUCACGGUCAUCGCCACCAUCACCACCCGGGUGUUGGAAGUGGUGGCCAUUACCGCAGGCGCAACGAUGAACAGCAAGCAGUGGCAGACCCGCACAACGCCACCGACCCGACAACGGAGCCAGAACUGAUCGAAUAAGCGGACCAUAAUCUUCUCAUCUAUUCUAUCCUCGAGGAAACUUAUGCGCAUAUUCAUUAAGCACGCCGCAGCACCACCAAGUGCAUUAUUAAAGGGAUUUAACUAAACGAAAUAUGCCGUCGACCACAAAAAAAGGAAAAUAAUCUCAGUUAAUCAACAGAAAUGAAGCAAAAAAAAACAAAAAAAUUAAAUAAAAACGAUGGCCAAA